CCGUGCUAGACGCGCUGUGGGAGGACAGAGAUGUUCGCUUUGACAUUUCGCUUCAACAAAUGAAGAUGAGAUCUGGAGAGGUCCUAAUUGACUGUUUGGACGCCAUUGAAGAUACCAAAGGAAAUAAUGGGGAAAAAGAACUCAUGUGAGGAAGGAGGACAAAUAUCGCUUUUUUAGGUCUUGGCGGGGUCAACAGUAUCAUUCGAAUUCGAUUGCCAAAGUAAAGGGAGUUUCAAUUUUUAUUGACUCCUCUAUUGCAUUUGUUCAACACGAUAUCUUUUUGGAUCAGAAUGGUAGAUUUUUGUUAAUUACGGGUUUACUUUGUAAUAAAAAGGUUGCUAUGGUUAAUGUUUAUGCUCCAAAUGUGGAUUGUCCUGAUUUUUUUAAGUCCUUAUUUACUAAUCUAAAUGAAUAUAAGUUAAUAAUGGGUAGUGACUUUAAUUGUUGUUUAAAUCCUUUGAUGGAUAAAUCUUUAUCUAUUCAGACUUUACCCAAUAAGUCAGCCACUUGUAUUAACUCCUUUUUGUCUGAUAAUGGAGUUUUUGAUAUUUGGAGAUUUCAGCAUCCUAACGAUAAAGAGUUUUCUUUUUUCUCACAUGUUUAUCAUUCUUAUUCGAGAAUUGAUUAUUUUUUUAUUGACUCUUGUUUUAUUCCAUCGGUAAUCGGUUGUAAUUAUGAUAUUAUAGCUAUCUCUGACCAUGCUCCAUUAAAACUUUCUAUUAAAUUUACGGAUACAGCUUCUAAUGUUAGACAGUGGCGAUUUGACUCUACCUUAUUACAAGAUCCGGACUUUAUUAAAUUUAUGAAGGAACGGACUGAUUUCUUCUUUUCAACUAAUUCCACGGGUGAUAUUUCUUGCGGAACACUUUGGGACACUUUUAAAGUGUAUAUACAUGGACAGAUUAUCUCUUACUCCGUUGGUUUGAGAAAACACAUUAAGAAGGAAACUCUUUUAUUGGUCAAUAAAAUUAAAGAGAUUGACAAGAAAUAUUCAAUCACUCCUAGUAAGGAGCUUUACAAACAAAGGGUUGAACUUCAAACGGAACAUAGUUUAUUACUUACAUCUCCGAUUGAAAAUCAAUUAAUGAAAACUAGAUCUGAUUUUUAUAUACAUAGUGAUAAAUCAGGUAAACUGUUAGCUAGUCAGUUGAAGAGUGCUUUGGUUAAUCGUCAAAUCACUAAGAUUCAUCAGCAGAAUGGGGAUUUGACAGUUAACCAUGAUGAGAUAAAUAAGUAAUUUCAAGACUUUUAUACCUCCCUGUAUCAAUCCCCACAGGAUCGUAAUACCAUGUGUGAUUUUCUUGGGAAAUUGAAUUUUCCAAAAUUAUCAUCCGAUGAUCUUUCAAUAUUAGAUACUCCUAUUACGGAUGCAGAAAUCAAAGGGGUUAUUUCCUCAAUGAAUUCUGGGAAAGCACCAGGUCCUGUUGGGUAUACAGUAGAAUUUUUAAAAUGUUUUUCCGCUACUCUUUCUCCUUGGUUAUGCAGGGUUUUUGAGGAAGUGAUUAGUUUGGGGAAUUUGCCUCAAUCUUUUUAUAGAGCUUCUAUUUCUUUAAUACUGAAGAAAGAUAAAGACCCUACUGACUGUGCAUCCUAUAGACCAAUAUCUUUAUUGAAUGUAGACUCCAAGAUCUUUUCCAAGUUACUGGCAUCCAGGUUGGAGAAGGUUUUACCCCAAAUUAUUUCGGAAGAUCAAACCGGUUUUAUUAAAAAUCGCUAUUCUUUUUUCAAUGAUAGGAGAUUACUGAAUAUUGUUUACACUCCAUCACAUAGCUCUUCAGAAUGUGUUAUUUCAUUAGAUGUGGAGAAAGCAUUUGAUUGAGUUGAAUGGCCUUACUUAUUUAAUGUGUUGGAGAAGUUUAAUUUUAGUCCGACAUUCAUUUCCUGGAUUAAACUGAUUUAUCACACUCCAGUAGCCUCAGUGUUUACUAAUAAUCAAAGAUCUUCCUUUUUUUGUUUAUUUCGGGGCACUGGAGAAGGCUGUCCUCUUAGCCCAUUACUAUUUAACAUUGCUUUAGAAGCCUUGGCAAUUGCCAUCAGAGAAUCACAAGAUAUUUCGGGUAUUAAUCAUGGGACAGAUAUUCAUAAGUUAUCUUUGUAUGCAGAUUAUUUAUUAUUAUUCAUUUCUAACCCUGAGAAAUCUAUUCCAGCAGUUCUUUCAUCGUUGGCUCAAUUUAGUGAGUUUUCUGGGUUUAAGUUAAAUCUUAAUAAGAGUGAAUUGUUUCCUUUCAAUAGACAGGUCCCAAUUUAUGGAAAUUUACCUUUUAAAUUAGUUAAUGACUCUUUUAUUUACUUAGGGAUUAAAAUCACAAAAAAUCAUAAAGAAUUAUUUAGGUUUAAUUUUUUACCCUUAAUUGAUCAGAUUAAAGGUAUGUUUACUAAGUGGUCACCAUUAUCUUUAUCUCUGAUAGGUAGGAUUAAUGCUAUUAAGAUGGUUAUUUUACCUAAGUUUUUAUAUAUUUUUUCAAGCGGUACCAAUUUUUAUUCCGAAAUCUUUUUUAAUGUUGAUUCAAAAAUUUCCUCAUAUAUAUGGCAGAAUAAAAAUCCCAGGUUAGCUAAAAUACAUUUACAGAAGACAAAGAACGAAGGUGGGUUAGCAUUACCUAAUUUCAGAUUUUAUUAUUGGGCAGUUAAUAUUAGAUAUUUGUUAUGUUGGUUGAAAGAUUGGGAUGGAUCUUCUGGCCCUCAUUGGGUGAGUUUGGAAAUUAAAUCGGUACCAGGUUAUGCUCUGGGUUCUAUUUUAGGGACUUCUCUCCCUUUUGCUCUUUCUAAAUUGCUGAAACAAAUUGACAACCUGAUAGUUAAACAUACUUUACGUAUAUGGUUUCAAUUUCAGAAAUUUUUCGGGUUGACUCAAUUCGUUUUAAAUAUUCCUAUUGUAUCUAAUUGCUUUUUCCACCCUUCUAUUAUAGAUCAAGCUUAUUCGGCUUGGAAAACUAAGGGAUUAUUAAGAUUUUCUGAUUUAUUUUUGGACAAUUGUUUUAUGUCUUUUGAGCAAUUAUCUAAUAAAUAUAAUUUGCCUAGAUUUCAUUUUUUUAGAUAUUUACAGAUUAGGCAUUUUUUAAAUACUGUACUUCCUACGUUUCCAAAUUUUGUGUCUUCAGAUAUUUUGGAGAGUUUGUUUGAAUUAAAUCCUUUUCAAAAAGGGCUUAUAUCAAAACUUUAUAAUAUAAUUAUGAAGAUACAUUCAGAGCCCCUUUAUAAGACAAAAAAUGAUUGGGAAAGGGAGCUUAAUCUUAUUAUUCCUAUUGAGAAUUGGGAUAGAAUUCUUCAAUUAGUUAAUACAUUUUCUAUAUGUGCCAAACAUUCAUUAAUACAAUUUAAGGUUGUACAUAGGGCCCAUAUAUCCAAGGAUAAAUUAGCUCACUUUUAUUCUUAUAGAAAUCCUAUUUGUGAUAGAUGUCAAUUUGAAACUGCGUCUUUAACUCAUAUAUUUUGGUCAUGUCCGCUUUUGAAAAAAUAUUGGAAAGAUAUUUUUGAUAUUAUCUCUAUGGUAUUGAACAUCGAUUUACAACCCCAUCCUAUUACCGCAAUUUUUGGUUUACCAAUGAUGGACUUACUGCAUUUAUCUUCUUCCGCCUGUCGAAUGAUUGCAUUUCUCACUCUGAUGGCUAGAAGAUCUAUUUUGCUGAAUUGGAAGGAAAUUAAUCCUCCCACUGUAUUUCAUUGGUUUUCUCAAACUAUGUUAUGUUUAAAUUUAGAAAAAAUUAGAAGUGGUGUAUUUGAUGCUUCUAUUAAGUUUGAAAAGAUAUGGAGACCAUUUAUUCAAUAUUUUCAUAUGAUGUAAUAUGACCUUGUUCCAGGCUUAUUUACUUUUCCAGCUUUAAUCUUAUUUAUGUUGAGAGGAUCGGAGUUGAUGACACUGAUGAUUAUGUAUUCUUGUGAGAUAUUAUAGACAGCCCUUUUUUUUCCUUUUCUAGUUUUUCUUUCUUUUCUUUUUUUGCUUUUUUUUCUUUAUUAGCUAUUAGAUUAGUAGUUUAGUUAUUUUUGCAUUUUUUUCUUUUUUCUGUGUUUUUUUAUGUUAUAUAUUAUGAAAUACCUAGAUUUACCUUGUUCAUACAGAUACUGUAUGGUUCAUGUUUUGGGAAAACUCAUUUAUAUUGUAAUCAUUGCUUAUGUAUUCUUUCAUGUGCAAUGGGAAUUUGUAUGUUUGUAAUCCCUUUAUUAAUA